AUGGCACCAAUUACCGACGACGUCGUUUCCGGUCUGAAGGACACCAUCGGCAAGCUGGAGGCCCGCGUUGUCGAGCUCGAGAGCCGCCUGACUGGCAGCAAGCCCAAGUCCGUGACGGAGCAGAUCCGCGUCAUUUUGAUGGGACCUCCCGGUGCUGGCAAGGGUACUCAGGCCCCGAACAUCAAGGACAAGUACUGCGCGUGCCACCUGGCUACCGGAGACAUGCUGCGGUCACAGGUCGCGAAGAAGACCGAGCUCGGCAAGGCAGCUAAGAAGAUCAUGGACCAGGGUGGUCUCGUCAGCGACGAGAUCAUGGUUAACAUGAUCAAGAGCGAGUUGGACAACAACACCGAGUGCAAGAACGGUUUCAUCCUGGACGGUUUCCCUCGUACCGUUGCCCAGGCUGAGCGCUUGGACGACAUGCUUGCCUCGCGCAAGCUCCCUCUCCAGCACGCCAUUGAGCUGCAGAUCGACGAUGCCCUGCUCGUGGCCCGUAUCACCGGCCGUCUGGUGCACCCUGCCUCUGGCCGCUCGUACCACAAGAUCUUCAACCCCCCCAAGAAGGACAUGGUUGACGAUGUCACCGGCGAGCCUCUGAUCCAGCGUUCCGAUGACAACGCCGAGACCCUCACCAAGCGUCUGGCCACCUACCACGCCCAGACCUCUCCCGUCUGCGAGUACUACAAGAAGACCGGUAUCUGGCGCGGCAUUGACGCCAGCCAGGAGCCUGGUCAGGUGUGGAAGAGCCUUCUUGGUGUCUUCAAGACCCAGUAA